AUGGCCAGCAACUCGUUCAAGUGCAGCUUGUGUUGCUUGGUGGUCGCAGGCCUCCUCGGCCUGUCUGCAGGGAUCUGGUUUGGAUUGCUUUGUCAAGCCAGUGAAUGCAACAUUGUCUUUUUCUGGCAGUUCCUGCUUUCGCCGCAGCUUCCACUGAUCUAUCAUUACCGCUCGCGCAGCUAUGAAGAUUUCAUGUUCAAGUUCACUGGAAGUGGAUAUGACCGCAAUUUUCAGGCGGGAGAGAUCGGCAUAGACAUAGGCCGAAACGAGACACGGGAGGAAUUGUCAAAGAAGAUGUUCCGGCAAAGGGACAAGACAGGAUAUCGCGACACGACUGCCCUGAGAUUCCUCCCGAAGCUUGCUCAAAUCCGCAACCUCAGCAUUCCGAAGCGGCUGAGCCGCUUCCAUGCCAGGGGACACUGCGUGAUGGGAUUUUCGAAGCCAAACCAGACGGAAUGCAGGCAGUUCUUUUUGGUGGCUAUUGUCAGGGUGGUGGAGCGCGAGGAGGCCGAUAUCGAACAAUGGAUCAACUUGCACAGUGCUGUGGGUGUGGAUCAUUUUGUGGUACUUUCUUCUAACACAACAUUGCUGCAUGCGGCCUUGCAGCCGUUCGUUCAGGCUGAAAUCGUAGAUGAAAGGCUUUUCGUUUCGGGGCCCUACAAGCAAAAUGCUAUCGCGAGUUUGGGACUGUCCUGCUUUUGGAUGAUUUUCAUUGACUUGGAUGAGUACCUGUUGCCACCGCCCCAGCAUGAAAGCUUGAAGGACUUCCUGCUGCCCCUGACAACGGUCCGUCCAGACCGCCGAAGCCCCAAGCAGAUCAUGGUCUUCUACAAAUACUUUGGAUCCAAUGGCUGGGUGAAGAGACCCAAGGUCCCGGAUAUUGAGGCCUACACCGAUCGUGACCGACCACUGCAGGUUAAUGGAAAAAGCCUCGAGUUGAUUGACGCCAUCAACGCGACAGACCCACUCACUGGAUAUCCACACAGAUCCAGCUUACUGCCAGAGUUUCGCCACGACGCAGCUACCUCGAUUCUGCUGUUCAACUCGUGGAUUCUUUGGGUUGAUACCAUGUGGCAUCCCGUGAUAUGCCCUCGCGACAGCCUCACUUGGCCAGUCGGCGCGGACGUUAGCUUAGCAAACAUCGUGCUGGGCAUUGGUAGUCUUGCUGCUCUGCUUUGUCUUUGUAGCUGCUCGUGGCUCACUGAGGGACUCAUCCAAGAGAUGCUUCCCAUGCCCUAG